AUUUAUUAAGAAGAAGAAGAAGAUGAUGAUGAUGCAUCGUUAUGAUUUACGACGAGAAGAUUUGUUUGUGUUUCCGGGUUCAAAGUGAUCAUUUUGAUGAGUUUUUCGCCCCUGAGUUGGACAAACAUGGUUAUCAAGCUCUCUACAAGAAGAAGACAACAGAGGUUUACACCGGGACUUAUGCUAUCGAUGGUUGUGCAACAUUUUUCCGAAGGGACAGAUUUUCCCAUGUGAAGAAAUACGAGGUCGAAUUCAACAAGGCUGCUCAGUCACUGACAGAUGUUGUGGUCCCAAUCACUCAGAAGAAAGCUGCUUUGUCUCGACUUCUUAAGGAUAAUGUUGCGCUAAUAGCGGUUCUGGAAGCAAAAUUUAGCAACCACGGAGCCGAUACUCCUGGAAAGCGGCAGCUUCUUUGUGUGAACACCCAAAUUGCGGCGGAUGGAAUGGAACGAAGUUUCAAGCUACCUUUCCUUCUGCAGAUAAACCAAAAGAUGUCCGAAGACCAGGCCAAAUCAAUCAUAUUGUGA